GGCGGCGGCGGCGGCGGCAGCCCUAGCAGCGCCGACAGCGGCGGAUUCCACCAGCAGCUGGAGCCCUGCCUGAGGAAGCAGCCACCGCGCAUGGACCCCCGGCGCAGGCAGGCAGCGCUCUCUUUCCUCACGAACAUCUCGCUGGACGGGCGGCCGGUGCUGCAGGACGACGAAGGCAGCGGAGAAGAGCCUGGCGAGGCCGCAGCAGCAGCAGCAACCGCCGCCGCCAGAACUGCCCCGCUUUCUGCUGCAGCCUGCAACAACAGCAGCGGCAGCAGCGCUAGGACUCGCCAAGGCAGCCUGAGCGCUUUCCCGCCGCCCGCUCCAUUGCAGCACGGGGGCUACCCCGGCACCUGCGGUGGCAGCGCCAGGCUCAUGAGCCCCCUGGGAGUGGCUGGCGAGCAGCAGCUGCAAGGUAACGCCGGCGAGGAGGAGGAGGAGGAGGACGACGAAGACGCCUUUGCCAGCGUGCAGGUGCCAGUCGCCGCCGCCGCCGCCUUCCUGGGCUCCUCCGGGACCCCUGCUGCGGGCGGCGCCAGGGGUCGCCUCAACUCUUUCACUCAGGGAAUCUUGCCCGUCUCCUUCACCAGGGCGGCCCCGCAGAACUAUUGCUGCGUUGAGCAAGGCCAAGGGGGCGCGAGCACCUUCGAGAUCCAAAGGCCUCGACGACGGUUGAUUUCCCAGAGGUCUUCACUGGAGACUUUGGAAGACAUCGAGGAAAAUGCUCCCUUACGGCGAUGCCGGACUCUGUCAGGUUCACCCAGACCAAAGAACUUUAAGAAGGUUCAUUUCAUCAAGAACAUGCGACAGAAUGAUACGAGGAGUGGCAGAAUAGUCCUUAUUAGCGGCAGAAGAUCCUUUUGUAGCAUAUUCUCAGUGCUGCCGUAUCGGGACAGUAGCCACAUUGGGGAUAUGAAAACAGAAGGUGGAAGACAGUGCUAUUCUACUGCGGGGGUUUGUUUGAAAGAUAUAGUUGGCCUGGAAGGUGUGGAAUUAGGAGCAAAUGGGAAGACUGUUUCUUACACCCAGUUUCUGUUUCCAACAAAUGCCCUGGGAGCACGGAGAAACACAAUAGACUCCACCACAUCUUUCUCACAGUUUCGCAAUGCAAGCCAUCGUAGCCUUUCUUUGGGAAGGGCGAACAGCACUCAAGGAAGCAUUGAUGCAGGGAGUGACCUUGGAGAUUAUAUUGAAUACGACCCUAAUCUUUUAGAUGAUCCUCAGUGGCCAUGUGGGAAGCACAAGCGGGUAUUAAUAUUCCCUUCAUAUAUGACAACAGUCAUUGACUACGUAAAGCCAUCGGACCUUAAGAAGGAUAUGAACGAAACCUUCAAGGAAAAGUUCCCUCAUAUCAAAUUGACUCUCAGUAAAAUAAGAAGCCUGAAGCGGGAGAUGCGCAAACUAGCCCAAGAAGAGUGUGGUUUUGAGGAACCCACAGUGGCCAUGGCCUUUGUGUAUUUUGAGAAGCUGGCUCUCAAGGGGAAGCUCAACAAGCAGAACAGGAAGCUCUGUGCCGGUGCCUGUGUCCUGCUGGCUGCCAAGAUUGGCAGCGACCUCAAGAAGCACGAGGUCAAACAUUUAAUAGAUAAGCUGGAAGAGAAGUUCCGGUUGAACAGGCGAGAACUGAUUGCCUUUGAAUUCCCUGUGUUGGUGGCCUUGGAAUUUGCUCUCCAUCUGCCUGAACAGGAAGUGAUGCCACAUUAUAGACGCUUGAUCCAGAAUUCCUAGCAUAGGCCACCCUUUUGGGUGAGGGGUUUAAAAAUGUUCUCUGAGUGCAAAAGAGCAGCAGUUACUACUGGAAGUGCAAAAAUGGGACAAAGCUGCCCCAGCACCCUUUUUUCUCUUGUUUUCAGGGCAGCAACCAGAUAGUCAGAAACAAGCACUGAAUUCCUUAAAACUCUCAGGCGAAAUGAGCUGUUAACUAUUCAGAGCAAGUGAUGAAUGAGUUGCAUGUGAGUGGAGAGCGGAUGGAAGCGAUUCACACCACGUGGACCAGAAGAGAACUUUCUUGAGUUGCCCAUAUCAUUCCGGUGAGAAUUAACAGCAGCCUUCGCAUCUUAUUUUCUCCCAUCUUCUCUCCGUGAACCUCACCAGGGUUUUCUGGCUUACCGAAAGAGAUUCCCGAUGCAAUGACAGGUUGUAAUGAAUAUCAUCACUGUGUCAGCAGCGUGCCAAUCUAUUUUUAUAUUUUCUAUUGAAAGUGCACUUUUUCCUUGUUGGGUAGCUGGAUUGUUUGGUGGCAGGUGAGAUGAUGAACCCGCCUGGAACAAGGUGGCUGUUUUGGAUCAUUGAUUUAAUAAAGAUCAGACAACAACUUAACUCUGCUAAAACAUAACUAAUGAAAACAGGUUCAUUUGAAUAACAUGAGAUAGGAUUUUGUAAUCCCGAAUGGUGGCUGUUUGUUUCUUCUCCAGCUGCUUUUAUUUUGCUAUUGAUCACACUGCAGGUAUUAUUACACCUACCAAUGAGGAACCGACACCCACCCUUAGGUCUUCACUCGUGUGUGUGGUCCCAUUCAAGUGUUCACAAUGGAAGAGAGACGUUGUUUUGUAAGUGUCUUGUUCUUAAGCCACAAGCGUAUUUCUAACCUCGGUAGAGAUGGGUUAGACUUGCACUCUGUAGUGUUUGUAUUCUGUGCUCUAUGUUAGAGUGCAUUUUGAGCACAUUGACUGUGCUGCACGUUAAACAGUGUUUUAUAAAACCCGACUUACUCGUACAGCCGAGCAGGAGAAUCGGCAGCUGAGGGCCUUGAUAGCAAACACACACCCUCAGUGCGGACAAUUCUUUGUUGUUGUGUUGUUUUUUUAAAAUAGAGUUGACAGUAUAAAAUCAAAUGGGAGGAGGGCACUGAAAUUGCUAUGUUUUUAUACUUCUCAGAUAUUUCACUGCUCUGGAGUCUUAUAGUACCUUUAACUAUGUUAGUAAAUCAGAGUGAACUGGGAAGGUUCAAAUCCAAACAGAAUCCUCUGGGUAUCCUAUUUUGAAAAUACUGUGUAUAUAUAAAUAUAUAUAAGACUAUGAGAAGAUAAUGACCGCUGGAUGUGCUUGCUGAUAUGCUAGAGGACAUGCAUCAAAGAAUUAAAGUACUAUUUUUAUAUAUCACUAAUGUACACAUCCCAGUUUUUCCAGUGCUGACUCAUUUGACACGGUCUGUGCCUGGAACAAUGAUUUCAAUAAAGUCAUGUACUUUCCUGUUACAGUGUAAUAUAAACUGAUUGAACAAAG